UGCUCUCUACUACCAGGCUUCCAAUCCCACUUAGCAUGAAGUUGCUAAGCAUUCUUGCAGGUGUACUUAAGCAGCUGGUCCUGUCUUGUCAGAUGUGCGGUGCAGCCAUGCCAAGCACAGGGGCAUCUGGCCAGCAUGUUACUCCUCAUAGCUCACCUGAUAGGCCUGCAGCUCUCCAUUUCCGGGAGCUUGGCUUUAAGCUGCCACAGAACGGAGUCAUCUCCUGGCUUCAGCCUUCCAGGGGAUUACCUCCUCGCAGGCCUGUUCUCCCUCCACUCUGACUAUCUACAGGUGAGAAGCCAACCCCAGGUUACCUUCUGUGACAGACCUGACAGCUUCAAUGGCCAUGGCUACCACCUCUUCCAGGCCAUGCGAUUCAGCAUUGAGGAGAUAAACAACUCCACAGCCCUGCUGCCCAACAUCACCCUGGGAUACGAGCUGUAUGACGUGUGCUCAGAGUCCUCCAAUGUGUAUGCCACACUGCAGGCGCUCUCCCUAUGGGACACUGGCCACAUAGAGGUGCAAGAGAACCUUUACAACUACUCCCCCAAGGUGGUAGCAGUCAUUGGGCCUGACAAUACCAACCACGCUGUCACAACUGCUGCCCUGCUGAGCCCCUUUCUGGUGCCCCUGGUCAGCUACGAGGCCAGCAGCACGAUACUGAGUGCAAAGAGGCAGUAUCCCUCUUUUCUGCGUACCAUCCCCAGCGACAAGUACCAAGUGGAGGUCAUGGUGCUGCUGCUGCAGAAGUUCGGGUGGGUCUGGAUCUCGCUGGUUGGCAGCUAUGGUGACUACGGACAGCUUGGGGUGCAGGCGCUGGAGGAGCUGGCCACGCGGCGUGGCAUCUGUAUUGCUUUCAAGGCUAUCAUACCUUUCUUGGCCAAGGUGGGUGACAAGUCGAUGCAGGCCAUGAUUGACCACCUGGACCAAGUCAGGACCACCGUGAUUGUGGUGUUCUCUAAUCGGCACCUGGCCGCGGUGUUCUUCAAGUCUGUGGUUCUGGCCAACCUGAAUGGCAAAGUGUGGAUCGCCUCAGAAGACUGGGCCAUUUCCACACACAUCGCCCGCGUGCCUGGGAUCCAGGGCAUUGGGACAGUGCUGGGUGUUGCCAUCCAGCAGAGGCCUGUCCCUGGCCUGAAGGAGUUUGAACAGGCCUAUGCCCAGGUAGAAAAGGGAGCCCCUAGGCCUUGCUCCGAGGGCUCCUGGUGCAGCAGCAAUCAGCUCUGCAGAGACUGCCAUGCUUUCUCGGCACACCACAUGCCCGCGCUUGGAAACUUCUCCAUGAGUGCUGCCUACAAUGUGUACCAGGCGGUGUACGCUGUGGCCCAUGGCCUCCACCAGCUCCUGCGCUGCACCUCUGGAGCCUGCUCCAGGGACCCAGUCUACCCCUGGCAGCUUCUGGAGCAGAUCCACAAAGUGAAUUUUCUACUACAUGAGGAAACAGUGACAUUUGAUGACAAUGGAGACAUUCUAAGUGACUAUGCUAUCAUUGCCUGGGACUGGAGCGGGCUCACAUGGACCUUCAGCAACAUUGGCUCUGCCACAUGGUCUCCAAUUCGCCUGAGUUUAAAUGAGACAAAAAUCAAAUGGCAUGGGAACAACAGCCAGGUGCCCACAUCUGUGUGUACCAUGGACUGUCUUGAAGGGCACCACAGAGUGGUUGUGGGUUCCUAUCACUGUUGCUUUGAGUGUGUGCCCUGUGAUGCUGGGACCUUCCUCAACAGGAGUGACCUCCAUGUCUGCCAGCCUUGUGGAAAAGAAGAAUGGGCACCUGAGGGAAGCCAGACCUGCUUCCCCCGCACCGUGGUGCUCUUGGCUUGGCAUGAGCCCAUCACUUGUGUGCUAUUGGCAGCUAGCACCCUGUUGCUGCUGGUAGUGGUUGGGACUGCUAUGCUGUUUGCCUGGCACCUUCACACUCCUGUUGUGAGGUCAGCUGGGGGCGGGCUGUGCUUCCUGAUGCUGGGCUCCCUAGCAGGGGGUACUUGCAGCCUCUAUAGCUUCUUCGGGGAGCCCACGGUGCUUACAUGCUUGCUACGCCAGGCCCUCUUUUCCCUCGGUUUUGCCAUCUUCCUGUCCUGCUUGACAGUCCGCUCUUUCCAACUCGUCAUCAUCUUCAAGUUUUCCACCAAAGUCCCCACAUUCUACCAUGCCUGGGUCAAAAACCAUGGUGCUGGCCUUUUUGUGGUCAUCAGUUCGGCGCUGCAUACGUUCAUCUGUGUCUUGUGGCUUGCAGUGUGGACCCCACUGCCUACCAGGGAGUACCAGCGCUUCCCCGAGUUGGUGAUGCUUGAGUGCACAGAGGACAGCUCUGUGGGCUUCCGGCUGGCUUUCACCUCCAACGUCCUCCUGUCGGUCAGCGCCUUUACCUGCAGUUACCUGGGCAAGGAACUUCCAGAGAACUAUAACGAGGCCAAAUGUGUCACCUUCAGCCUGCUCCUCAACUUCGUCUCCUGGAUCACCUUCUUCACCAUGGUCAACAUCUACCAGGGCAAAUACCUGACCGCGGUCGAUGUGCUGGUGCGGCUGACCACCCUGAGUGGCAGCUUUAGUGGUUACUUCCUCCCCAAGUGCUAUGUGAUCCUGUGCCGCUCCGACCUCAACAAUACAGAGCACUUCCAGGCUUCCAUCCAGGACUACACGAGGCGCUGUAGCUCCACCUGAUCAGCGGGGCCCGGAGGCACCGG